AUGGAAUUAGAAAAAGCAUUGGACCCCAAUGAGCUACUCAAGGUGCCUCCAUCCACGCAAACUACAAAAGAUCAACUCGCGGCCCAGCUCUUAGAACCUUCUAAUCAGCUAACAUGGGAUGUUCAAGAUAUUGUUCAGUCCAAACCUGUGGUCGACAAACAACGCAUUUUCGAGUCGUUACUUGUUCAGCCAGAUCCUGUGAGCAGAAGCUCUUUUAGAUUCAAGAGAAGCGGUAUAAAGGGUGAAAUACUGGGCUACAAGGAAGAAGUUAAAGUAUCUGAGAUAGACAAUGCAACUGCUGCAAAUUCUCUUUCGAUAGCUCGAAAGUAUGGUCUGAAGCAAGAUGCCGUGAGUGGAAAAUCUAAUUUUCUUCCGUUUCAACCGGGUGGCCUACUCAGCAAGGCGCUGGCGACUCAGACAGUGACUAAUUCACAGCAAUUGUCUGAAUUGCAAUUCUUACACAGGAACAGUCGUGGAUUAUUCGAUAUUCCCCCGGGUUUUACCCAUGGUCUUAGGUUGGCGAGUACAGAGCAGACGUCUGAGGGUCUUCAAGAGUUGGAGGAAGAAGGGGAGCCUGAGAAGCUGGAGCACGACGUUAGAGAGUCUCCUUCUGAAGAUCUAAUGGGUCAUCUCGAUGAGCAAGAAGGGGGUAUCGCCCAGGACAACACUGGUGUUGCAGAAAUCGAUGACUUGAUUCCUCUCGACAUUAUGAGGAUGAAAGCAAAAAUGGAGUCUGAGCAGCGUGUGAAGAAGAAUUGGGCGCAUGUGGUGGACCUAGAUCAUAAGAUUGAAAAUUUCCAGGAAGUUGUACCUAAUAUGGCUCGUGAAUGGCCAUUUGAGCUCGAUACUUUCCAGAAAGAGGCUGUCUACCAUUUAGAACAAGGUGACUCUGUCUUUGUUGCAGCCCACACAUCGGCUGGUAAAACUGUCGUUGCCGAAUACGCCAUCGCUAUGGCUGCUAGAAACAUGACUAAAACAAUUUACACGUCGCCGAUCAAAGCCUUGUCAAACCAAAAGUUUAGAGAUUUCAAGGAAACAUUCAAAGAUAUGGACAUUGGAUUGAUCACGGGUGAUGUUCAAAUAAAUCCAGAAGCCAACUGUUUGAUCAUGACAACGGAGAUUCUUCGUUCCAUGUUGUACCGUGGAGCUGAUCUCAUUCGAGAUGUCGAGUUUGUUAUUUUCGAUGAGGUGCAUUACGUUAAUGACAUUGAGCGUGGUGUCGUUUGGGAGGAAGUGAUUAUUAUGCUUCCUGACCAUGUCAAGUACAUUCUUUUGUCUGCUACCGUACCAAAUACGUACGAGUUUGCCAACUGGGUAGGAAGAACUAAACAGAAGGACAUGUACGUUAUCUCGACUCCCAAAAGACCUGUUCCUUUGGAAAUAUUUAUUUGGGGUAAAAAGAACCUCUACAAAGCCAUCAAUGCCCAAGGUGUAUUCAAUGAAACGGAGUUUAGAAGAUACAAAGAAGCCCUUUCACCUUCUCAAAACCAACAGCCACCCAAUGUUGUUCUAAGUUAUGGUCUGCGUAAGGGACCUGGAGGGACAGCAAGAGGUGGAAACAGAGGUGGUGGUCAGCCCGGCAGAGGGGGCCCACCAGGUCGGGGUCGAGGGGGAGGUCCUGCCACUAGAGGAAGAGGUAACCUUCAGCCUCGUGGAGGUUUCAGAGAUGGUCCUAACAAAGGAACAUGGUCUGAUUUGGUUCAGUACUUAAACCUGAACAAACUUCUUCCAGCUGUAAUUUUUGUCUUUUCAAAAAAACGCUGUGAAGAUUAUGCGGCAACACUAAGUGGUGUCAACUUCUGCAACGCAAAAGAAAGAUCUGAGAUUCACAUGUUCAUUGACAGAGCGGUUUCUCGCUUAAAGAAAGAAGAUCGUGAGUUGCCCCAGAUUCUCAUUGUCAGAGAAUUACUUAGCAGAGGAAUUGCCAUACAUCAUGGUGGCUUGCUUCCUAUUGUAAAAGAAUGCAUUGAAAUCUUGUUUGCAAAAUCGUUAGUCAAGGUAUUGUUUGCUACUGAAACGUUUGCUAUGGGGUUAAAUUUGCCUACAAGAACAGUCGUGUUUUCUGAACUAAGAAAGAACGACGGACGGGGUUUUAGAAAUUUAUUGCCAGGAGAAUUCACACAAAUGGCUGGAAGGGCAGGUAGGAGAGGUUUGGAUUCCACUGGUACUGUUAUUGUAAUGUCUUACAACGAGCCAUUAUCGCCUACUGACUUCAAAGAUGUUACCAUGGGCUCGCCUACUAAACUUCUGUCUCAGUUCAGAUUGACCUACAACAUGAUUUUGAAUCUUCUACGUAUCGAAGCUUUGAGGGUUGAAGAGAUGAUCAAGCAUUCAUUCAGUGAAAACUCAACGCAAACAUUACUACCUGAACAUCAACGAAAAGUUGAGGCCUUGAAAAACGAACUUAACGCAACCCAAGUGGAAAAUCGCACAGAUAUUGAGAAUUUUAAAAAAGCAUUUGACCUUGUCACACAGUACCGAGAGAUUUACGGUAACAUUGUCUCUGAAGUAUCCAAGCUGACCUUAACAAGAACGGUGCUACUUAGUGUUGGCAAGCUCAUGUGUUUUGUGGAUGAGGAUGAAAAAGUAAGGAUUGGGUUCCUCGUCAAAUGUGAUCUUAACACUAAUAGGAUAAUUUUUCUCACCUUCGAUCAUGGUCAUGAUUAUGAGACACAGACGGAUUACUUACCAUACAUUCCCAUUUCGGAAUAUCUUAAGAACACUAGAGCUCAAAUCAUUUACAACGGGAAUUUGAGGACCACGAGCGUUCCCUUUGAGAACGUUCAAUACGCUAGCUCUUACAAAUUGCGUACAAAUAUGAAGAAAAUUUUGAGCAACAACAAAGAGGCAGUCAAGGAAGCAGAGCAAGCCAUCAUUCACAUUCUUCGUUUGCAAUAUUCUUGGUUCGAGAUCGAAUAUCAAAGGGCUGUGCAAUUAACUCUACACGAGCUUGUGAACAAAAAGAACGAUAUUGUUGAGAAAUUAAAAGAGACGGAUGUGUACAAAAUGCCCGAAUUUAGAAGGAUUUAUUCACAAUUAGCCAAACGUGAUAGCAUCGAAAGGAAUAUUGAAUCCUUGAAUUUGUUAAUUUCGGAUGAAAAUCUUGAAUUACUACCAGACUAUGAACAAAGACUUAAGGUACUUCAGUCCUUAGCUUUUAUCGAUGACCAGCAAAGAGUGAUGCUUAAGGGGCGCGUUGCUUGCGAGAUCAAUUCUGGAUGGGAGUUGGUGUUAACGGAACUCAUUCUUGACAACUUCUUGGGCGAUUUCCAACCCGAGGAGAUUGUGGCCCUUCUUUCGUGUUUCGUUUAUGAGGGACGCACACAUGAGGAAGAGGAGCCUCCAAUGACGCCACGUUUGGAGAAAGGCAAGAAUGAGAUCAUGAAGAUUACAGAAAAACUCCUCAAAGUGUACAACCAACAUCAAGUCUCCCUUACAUCCGAAGAAGAGGAGUUUCUUGAGCGCAAACGUUUCGCGUUGGUGAAUGUUGUGUAUGAAUGGGCCAGAGGACUUACAUUUAGUGAAAUCAUGCAAAUCUCUGUCGAGUCGGAGGGUACCAUUGUGCGUGUCAUUACUAGAUUGGAUGAAAUCUGUCGGCAGGUGAAGAAUGCGGCGUUGAUCGUCGGCGAUUCCACAUUGCACUCGAAAAUGAAUGAGGCUCAGGAGAAAAUCAAGAGAGAUAUCGUUUUCUGUGCUUCGUUGUAUCUAUAA